GCGGUGGGCGUCGACGAAGCGGGUGGCCCGAGGUGGAGGUUUUGAAGCUCGACCAAGGUGGGGUUUCAGAUGGAGGCAACACGAUGCUUCGUCGCUGACAAUCGUUUCAACGGCCGAUAUGCGGGAGGCGGACGGCGGACGGUUUGGUCCUGUGGGCUAACGCUCGUCGAAGGCUAGGCCAGUCUAGACUUUUGAAACCCAGCGGCUGGGCUAGAGGGAAAAAGGCUGAUGCUUUAUCCAGAUGCUCGCUGGCCUCGGCUGUCGCUCGGUUUAUACCGCUCUGUGCCUUCCUGUCACAAGUUUUUUUUUUUCUUGGUUCGUGGGGGCGAUGCGGCGAGAAAGAGAGGGACGAGAGAAUGACGAGAGGGCGAAGAGGAAAGGAGGAAAGAAUCCGGAAAUGCAGUCGGGCAAAGAAGAAGGCGAAGGCUGCAGAGGACGGUUAGCUUACUGCAGGUUUGGAUUUUCGUCGGGAUGCGAUGGCAGCAAUGCGGAUUCCAGCUUCUGGAUGACUGUGGAUGAAACGGCGCUUGCCUUGUUUCUGCGCCCGGAGCUAUCGACAACCAGCCCCAGUCCGCCAAGUGAAAUGAGGCUUUGUACUCCGUGCUCCCGUUCGGCGCGGUAGUUGCGAAGAGCAAAGAAAAUUUUUCUUUUCUUUCUUUUUCUUUUUGCUUCCCCAACGAAAAGAGCAGUCGUGAAGCACACCGUCUUGCGGACGAUGGCACUUUUUAAACAAUUUCAAUCAAG